AUGCAACUUAAAUAUAUCGCUACUGUCGUCGCCGCUUUGAUCCCCCUUGCUGUCUCUACAUCUGUUGGUCCUAAAAACUGCAAGAGCAAUGAGUUUUGGUGGGGAGCUAAAAACUGCUGCCUGGAAAAGGGAGGACCCCCAAAGCCUCCUACGCCACCCAAGGAUACCAACUGCCCACCCACUAGUUACUACUGGGGCGAAAAGCAAGGCUGUUGUGUUCCUCGUAACCCCCCUCCUUCAAAUCCUCCCCCACCCCAGUGCCCUAAGGGUUGGACAUGGUACCCUGCACUGAGUCGUUGUUCUAAGACUCCUACCCCUCCCGUGACUCCCCCUAGCCAACCUUCAAAUUACAAUUACAACAAUGGAAAGAGCCAACACAACGGCAAGGGACCGGGACAAUUCUUUGGAGGCCACAAACGCUCUGUCAAAUCUAGAGCAUCUCUUUGCCCAUCUGAUCUUGACGCAUGCCCCAUUUCCGGCCUGUCCGGUGAUUAUGAAUGCCUCGAUACUUCGAGCGAACUCGAAUCCUGCGGUGGAUGCACAAGUGUCGGACAGGGACAAGAUUGCACCAAGAUUACUGGUGCUUGGAAUGUUGGCUGCGAACGAGGAAGCUGCGUUGUCUUGACCUGUGCGGGUGGAUUCCGAAUCGGCGCUGACGAUAUUUUGGAGGCUAUUUUUAUUGACGUUGACGAUUCGUCUCCACUUAAACUCUCCGAAAAUGUUCCGCACUAUUCACCUCUCGAUCUUUUUCAACAUUUAGCGCUAGUCGCCCUUUUGGAAAACCGCCGAGUUGAACUUCGCCAGUUUUAUACGUUCAGUUAUGUCACCCAGGUUUCUGCAACGCCUAUACCUUUGCCUCUUCCUCUGAUGGCCGCGGAUUAUACCGUCAAUCUGUUAUCUGUCAAUCGCUCCAGUAGUUCAAUUUCGCCCCGCAGACUGCAAUCUUUGCCCAUGGGUCUCUCUGUCUUCUCUCAUGACCACGGGGCAACAAGCAGCAAGCGAAAUCUUGAUUUAGAUGCUCUGACUCAGUCUUACGACGCUGCCAAUUUAAACGCCGAAGAACUCAGGGAUCUGGCCGCCUCUUCUGCUGGCGUCGACGAAGAUGACUAUGACUUCCAGAAGCAGUAUGUCACUGGGCUCACUAGCUUUAGCGAUAACAUGUCUAUCUUCCAAAGUGCUCUGGCCGAAGCCGCUUCGGACAAAGGUCUAGCCAACUAUGAUCGUCAGAAUGAUGUCGAAACCCUGCUCAAAAAAGUUGUAAACGCCAACAAAGAUGUCCUGAGCUCAACCACGACAGUUGUUUACAACAUCCCAGGAAUUGGACCUGUUCUUGGUCCUAUUGUUUACGAUGUUAAGUGCCUGGUCGAUGGUCUUUUGGACGCCACAGAAGAUCUCACCGAUGCCAUAGUCAACGCUCUGGGUCCAUCUCUGCGAGCACUACUUGGUCAAGCUUCUGAGGCUGUGUGCAAAUCCGGAGCAGAAGUGGCUGGUUUAUGUGUCUAG